AUUCAGUGAGACGUAGUCCGUCGGGGCGGGUCGUCACUUUUAAAUUACACCACGUCCUUUGUGAAUUACUUUAAAGUGUAGGGCGACCCGAUACCUAACCCGACUAAGUACUUAAUUAGUCAGCCACAAUGCUACACUUAAAGAACAUAGCUAAAACUGUAGUUCCGCCUUUAAAAAAUUCUAUUCAAAAUGAGGGAGUCAAUAAUGUGCUUAGAAUUGCGCCCGCUGCUGUGAAUGUUUGUUGCCGUACCUACGCGAGCCAUGAAAUCCCAGACAGGCUUAAAGGUAUUCCUACCAUGUCUAACCCAAGGUUCUUCGAUAUGGUGGAAUACUUCUUUCACAGAGCCUGCCAGGUGGUCGAAGACAAAUUAGUGGCUGACAUGAAGUCUAGAGUGACGAUUGAGGAAAAGAAGAAGAAGGUUGCCGGCAUUCUGCAGCUCAUGCAGCCAUGUGAUCACAUUCUUGAGAUCCAGUUCCCUCUGAGGCGCGAUUCUGGCGAUUACGAAAUGAUCCGCGGCUACCGCGCUCAACAUUCCUCUCACAGAACGCCAACCAAAGGAGGUAUUCGAUUCUCGAUGGACGUCACAAGGGACGAAGUAAAAGCGUUGUCCGCUUUAAUGACAUUCAAGUGUGCUUGCGUCGAUGUGCCCUUCGGAGGCGCUAAGGCUGGUAUCAAGAUUAACCCCAAGGAGUACUCUGAACACGAGCUUGAGAAAAUCACCCGUAGAUUCACACUUGAGCUGGCCAAGAAGGGAUUCAUUGGGCCUGGUGUGGAUGUACCAGCACCCGACAUGGGUACAGGUGAGCGUGAAAUGUCUUGGAUCGCCGACACCUAUGCCAAGACUAUUGGUUACCAGGACAUCAAUGCUCACGCUUGCGUCACGGGCAAACCUAUCAACCAGUACGGCAUGAAUUAUGAUGAUUUAUAUUAA